AUGUGGUGGGCGCAACAGGUGUUGCCAAAGGCUUUCUCAUGUCAUGGCACAACAAUCAAUGACUUGGCCAAACAAUGCUUCCAACAUCUCUAUCCAAUACUGUUCAUGCUGGCCACCAAUGCUCAAUUGAACAACAUCGACUUUCGUUUCAUCAGUACAACCUACAGCAGUGAUGGCAAAUUACUUGGUCGUUGCAAGCUGGUUGAAGCCAGCCUUCUCGAGACACUAAAAGAGACCAGGAAGAGACUCUAUCAAUCAAUGAUCAAACAUUCAGAUGUUGCUACACUUUCAUCAUCAAUCUCAUCGGCACCCUAUGUCGUACAGCUGUACCUGGUCGAUCACAAUCAUAUCUAUAUCUCUGUAUUCAAGACUAGCUUAUCAGAACACUUUGGAUGGCGUCAACCCCUGCCAGUGUCUGGUGGUAUCAUUCCAAUUGAGAUGGAUAAGGAGCCUCCCUCACGUGCCUACAUAAAACUGAAUGAGUUGAUGGGACUGCUUGGAAGGAGACCUGCACCUGGAAGCAAGAUAGCCGAACUGGGCAGCGCACCUGGAGGAUGGACAGCAUCAUUGCUGAAACUAUACAAGCCACAAGACAACAUUCAGAUACAGAGUGUCGACAGAUCGCCGCUAGAGUCCUGGUUGACCAAAGCCUAUCGGCCACCAACCCUCACACAUCACAUUGCGAAUGGUUUGACAUGGGAACCUGAAGAACCAGUGGACUGGCUGUUUAAUGAUAUGGCGCUGCCGCCAAUGAAGAGUGUCAAGGUGUUGGAGCGAUGGAUCAAAGAGAGACAAUGUUCGCAAUUCGCCUGGACUUUGAAGUUUGUUGGUGAGAGCGAGUAUGAUGCAGUGACCGAUGCAGUGGAGACCAUGAUGAAGUGUUACAACGUGAGCUACACCAUCAGGCAUCUGGCCAAUCAUGGCAACGAACUUGUCGUUGUAGGUGUAGUCCAUCCAUAA